CCCCUUAAAGAAGACCCUCUGGCCAUAAACUUUUAGUCGGAGGAUAGAAAGUAACUUUAUUCGUCAAUAUGAUCAGAGUAAGGAUUUGUUCUCUAUUUCCAGCGUUACUGCUGUUCUCGCUGCUUCUCGAGCUCACUGCGGGUUACUUUCCGGAGGAGCGUUGGAACCCCGAGUCGCCCUUUCGGCCUCCCACCGUCCUUAUUGCACUUAUUGCGAGAAAUGCAGAGAGCUCCCUACCCGACGUACUGGGGGCUGUGGAUAGGCUGCUGUAUCCCAAGGACAGGCUCUCCCUAUGGGUUGCUACAGAUCACAAUAUAGACAAUACAAGCAGUAUCCUGCGGGAAUGGCUGAUAAAUGUGCAGAGUCAGUACCACCAUGUCGAAUGGAGACCACAAGAGCAUCCCAGGUGGUUUCAAGAUGAAGAAGGACCCAAACACUGGAGCCGUUCCCGUUACGAGUACGUCAUGAAGCUGCGUCAGGCAGCGCUGACUUCAGCCCGUGAAAUGUGGGCUGACUAUGUCCUGUUUUUGGAUUCUGAUAACCUGCUUACAAACCCAGACACACUGAGUCUGUUAAUGGCUGAAAAUAAGACUGUGGUGGCUCCCAUGUUGGAAUCCCGGGCAGCGUACUCUAACUUUUGGUGUGGAAUGACAACCCAGGGCUAUUACAGAAGAACUCCUGCGUAUAUGCCAAUCAGACGCAGAGAACGCAAAGGUUGCUUUGCUGUACCAAUGGUUCAUUCCACUUUUUUGAUUGACCUUCGGAAAGAAUCUUCUAAACAUCUUGAUUUCUACCCCCCUCAUUCUGACUACACUUGGGCAUUUGAUGACAUCAUAGUGUUUGCUUUUUCAUGUCGGCAAGCAGAAGUUCAGAUGUUCCUUUGCAAUAAGGAAGUAUACGGUUAUCUCCCUGUGCCUUUGCGUGCUCACAGCACUCUGAUGGAUGAGACUGACAACUUCCUGCAUGCCAAGCUUGAAGCAAUGGUAAGGAAUCCUCCUUCUGAGCCGUCAGCGUUUGUGUCUGUGGCCCCUAAAGUCCUUGACAAGGUGUCACUGGAUGAGGUCUUUCUCAUUAACUUAAAACGCAGACAGGACAGAAGGGAACGCAUGAAAAGGGCUCUUUAUGAACUCCAGAUAGACUUCAAAUUAUCGGAUGCAGUGGAUGGGAAGGCACUAAAUGAAACAAAUGUGACUGCGCAAGGUAUAAAGAUGCUCCCAGGUUAUAAGGAUCCAUAUCAUGGCCGCCCACUUACCCGAGGAGAGAUGGGAUGUUUUCUCAGCCACUAUAACAUCUGGAAAGAGAUCUCUGAGAGAUCUCUUGCUGUUUCGGCUGUGUUUGAAGAUGACCUGAGAUUUGAAAUUUUCUUCAAGAGGCGACUACAGAAUCUGCUGGAGGAUGCGAAGAAAGCAAAAUUAGACUGGGAUCUCAUCUACCUGGGGAGGAAACGGAUGCAAGUAGAUGAGCCUGAAGAAUCGGUGUCUGGAGUCCGAAACUUGGUGGUAGCAGAUUACUCUUACUGGACUUUGGGGUAUCUGAUCUCACUCCGUGGGGCAAAAAAGCUACUCAAUGCUGAACCUCUAACAAAGAUGCUUCCUGUGGAUGAGUUCCUGCCUAUUAUGUAUGAUAAGCAUCCCGUUUCUGAUUAUUCCAAUCAAUUUUCUCCUCGGGACCUACUCGCCUUUUCUGUAGAGCCCCUACUUAUAUACCCCACACACUAUACUGGGGAUGAGGGCUACAUUAGUGAUACAGAAACGUCUGUGCUGUGGGACAAUGUUACACAGCCCACCGACUGGGACCGUGCAAAAUCACAAAAAACUCAACAGCAGGAGAAGUUGCGCAGUGAAGCUUUGAACACCCCGACCCUGCAAUCCCCUUUUGACAAUGCUGCUCGAGAUGAAUUAUGACGCUGAGGUUUUGUAGCCCCAUCUUUUAGUAACAGGAAACUGAGGGAAUUUAAGCUUUCUGUGUGGGAAACUACUUGAUUACUUAUUGGAACGGUUAUGUGUUUUUUGUUUUUUUGUUUUAUUUUAUUUUAAUAGCAACAUGGAUAAUCUUCCUUUAUAUCAUGUCCUUUCAUUUCAUACUUGUUCCCCUUUUGAUUACAUUCUAGUAGAACAUACCAGCAAAUAUGAUCUCUCUGUGGGAGAUCUCUAAUGCCUUUUAAUUAUUGGAAAGGUCCUCUGUGCUGGAACAUUUAAUAACAAUAAAAAUAAGAGUAAUAUAUUUAGAUCUAGAGACUGAACAACACCUAAUGCAAUACUUAAAAGAACAUUCUAAUGCAAAAAUUAAAUGCUAGAGCAAGUAAUGUUGGCAUUACUGACUCUAGGUAACUAUGUGGUUAUCCCCAGCAAAGGUGUUAAACAGAUACAUAAAGUCCCAUUAACGCACUGCAUGCCGUGCAGGACACAGCCGAUGAACCAAUCAGAUGUGGCAGUCUCACAACCCCGCUAAUCACUCUGUGUCCGUCGCUGAAGCUACAGACCUUGCAGUUCCCAAGUGAAAUUUUAUGUAACCCUUUUAAACACAUAGUUUCCCAGGGUAAGUAAUGCAAAAAAUAUGUGCUCUUACUAAUAUUAGGGCAUGUCAUAUAUUGCAUUGAAAUGUCUCUUAAAAAAAAUCUUAUUUCCUUAUGCCAGGUAUAUUGCAUGUGAUUGUUUCUAAUUCUAUAAAGUUAAAGAGACGCUGUUCUUUAUAUUAGAAACAAAUCCAUUGUUUUUAUUCCCUUUACACAUUCAGAUGCCACAUAUCAUCUUAAAGCUGCAGAAUGACUUUUAUUUUUAAGAUAGAAAUGGUGUGGUGAUUGGUUGAUUUUCUAGGUAAAAUAAAACAUUUAAAAAUA